ACCUUAAAUCUAAGUGAUAUUGUUGUUUAGGUGUAUAAAAUAUAGUAUUUAUAUCUGAAACCGUACAAAAUGAAUUUGUGCUUGAGAACAAAAUUAGCCAGGCCUAAUUUCAUAAGUUCCCUAUUCCGUUUCUCCACAACAACACCGGAAGUUAUAGAACAGAAUGAGCAAGUCCUCAUCGACGAUGCCGAUGAUGUGCAGGCUCGGGAAGCGGAGAUCGAGAAGAAAAGGAACGUGUCCCGGUUGACUCCGGCGCAUUACAAUAUAAUGAACGACCGGCGGCCUUACGAAAAGCCUUACACCUCUACUCAUCUCACUGUUAAGUACAACCGAAAACUGUAUGGGAAAUAUGGUAUUGCAAGUGGCGUCAAUCCAAGUAUAUGUUGGCCUACAAAUAAGGAAAUAAAAGAAAGGCAGGAAUUUGAAGCUGUUGCUUUCCCAUUUACCAUAAAAGAGAUGAUGGAGACUGCAGCACAGAAAAGAAAAGAAGAGAGACUAAAAAUUGAACAGAGAGAGAAUGAGAUAGCAGCUAAAAUGGAAAAGCUGGCACAGUGGAAGAAGGAUUUGAAAAAUAAGAUGGCUAAGAAGAUUGCAGAGGCUGAAGCAGCUAAGGCCAAGAAAGAGCGCCUAGUAGAAGAAGUCCGAAGGCAUUUCGGUUUUAAGUUGGACCCUCGUGACGAGCGCUUCCAGGAGAUGCUAGCCAAGAGGGAGAAAGAACAGAAGAAGGCGGAGAGGCUAGCCAAGAAAGAGGCCAAGGAGCAGAUGAUGAUAGCCAAGCUGCAGCAAACCAAUGCUAAGAUUACGGAUUUUAAGUAGAUCAUUUCAUUGUUUUUUAGAUUAUUAAAUUAUGAUAUAGUUACAAUUUAAA